UUAGGUGCUUGCGAUGCAAGUCUAGCUCAGUUUUGCGUGGAGUGCGUACAGAUUGAGAUGAUUCAAGUGGUUGUAUUCGGUGCAAUAGUUGGUGUGUGUGUAGUGAUGUUAGUGACUCGCCUUUUCAGGGGGAGAAAACUUUUGCAAGCGGUGCAGCCUGCAAGACAGAUAGAAAGUCUCCCGCAAACUAUGAAUGCUAUCGAAGUGGAAAGAUACACAUCAGACUUCAGUGGUGUCCAACACAAUCCUUCACGAACUCUGCCUGCUCUUCUUGGACCUAAAGAUGUGAUGGUUAAAAUUCAUUCUUCGUCUGUCAAUCCCAUUGAUCUUGCUAUCAGUCGUUCCUAUGGUCGUGUGUUGCUUAAUCAAAUGAGAAAAAGUAAAGGAUUUCCAUCAGACGACAAAGAGCUACCUCUAGUUUUGGGCAGAGAUUGCUCUGGUGUUGUAGUUGCAACUGGACAUGAUGCAAACAAAUUUGAAAUUGGGACGGAAGUGUGGGCAACACCAGCAGCUUAUCGACAAGGUUGUCAUGCUGAAUUUACAGUCAUGGGAGAAGGAGAGAUUGCUCUAAAACCUAAGAACAUUACUCACACAGAAGCAGCAGCUGUUCCUUAUGUGGCCAUGACCUCUUGGAAGGCUCUGGUUGAUCAUGCAGGAUUAAACAGCAACACAACAGCAGGCAAAAGGAUUUUGAUUACUGGUGGCUCGGGAGGAAUAGGAAGUUUUGCAAUUCAGUUGAUGAAGGCAUGGGAUGGACAUGUUACAACUACGUGCAGCUCAAAUGCUGUGCAACUCUUGGAAGACCUGGGUGCAGACAAAAUUCUUGAUUAUAGUCGUGAUGAUCUACAAGAGACUUUGCAGAAGGAACCCAAAUUUGAUGUUGUGUACGACACUGUUGGCAAUGAUAUGACUCAGUCAUACAUCAACUUGCUGAAAGAGAAACAAGGCGCAACCUAUGUGACACUGAGAACCCCAUUAUUGUCUACAGUGGAUGCCAAUGGGUUAUGCAGAGGUCUUCUAAUUGGAAUGGCUAAAUGGGCUAAUCCUGCACUAUCACAAUAUCUGGCACAUGGCAGACACUACAGAUGGGCAUUCUUUGCUCCAAAUGGUGAUGCACUGAAAACGAUUAGCAAAUUGGUAGAAGAUGGCAAGAUCAAGCCUAUAAUACAGGAGACAUUUCCAUUGGCAGAAGGUAAAGCGGCAUACGAGAAGUUGGCGAAAGGACAUGCAAGAGGAAAGAUUGUCAUCGAGGUCAUCGAAUCAAACAAGAAAUCAGACGAUGCUGUCUAUACAGUGACAUCAUGAUGCAAGGAGUUGAUAGGUAGUAUACACUUACUUUGUGUUACCUUUCAGCCAAUGAUCAAGGCAUGAAGAGAAGUAUAACAAUAAAAAUUAGAAAUGUAUCCCAAAUAGAAACACAAGCAAUUCCAAGAUA